CAGUUAGGUGCUAAUUAUAACCAUAUUAUGGCAUAACAGUGAUGAAAAAAACAUUCUGGUAAUGAAGGAAUAUACGACAUAGACUGUCAGUGGCCCUAUAAACUAUCAACAACAACAAGUACAAUACCUGUCCGUAUAGUGAGGUAACUUUAUGUAGUUUGAGUCAGUGUUGGUUGAUGAUGAUGAUGUUAGUGGUGACCUUGAUGACCUUGAUGAGUGUAGUGUGUGGUCAAGGUUACUUUGAUGCUCUGUAUAACAACAUGAUGGAGGCCCAGGAGACCCUGAGGGAGGUCGCCAUCGCUGUCAACAAGGGUCUCAACACCAUCACAAAAACAGUCAAAUAUGUGGAGAACAUCAUCGAUGCGACGGUGGAGGAAGAAUGUAUUUAUAAGUGCAAGAACAAUAAGAUCCCCGUCCAUGAUAACACUCACAAACCCCAGGCUAAUGGUUGUGGCUCCUUCGGUGUGUUUUUCGAGAAGGAAGACCUGUCGAGGCCAGAAAUGGUCGACUGCUGCAACGACCACGACAUCUGUUAUGACACUUGUGGCAGCAAUAAAGAAGAAUGUGAUCUGAGGUUCAGAAGAUGUCUGUACAGCACAUGUGAAGUCAACCAGCACCAGAUGGACACUUUGACGUAUACGAAGUGCAAGGGCGGUGCCAAGUUACUCUACACAGCCACGAUGGCACUUGGGUGCACCUCAUACAAGGAGGCUCAACAUGGUGCCUGCCGCUGUGUCAGUCCUCAGGAUUUACCCCAAGACAGAAGUGAACUAUAACCAUCAGAAGAGUAUAAUUUACUUUACUCUUCAAUGUGAAAAUUAUUACAAUGAAAACUAAGUGCUAAACCCACAAGGAAAGCACUCGAGGGCCUAGGGAAAGUACUCGAUGGCAUAGGGAGAGUACUCGAGGGCCAAGGGAAAGUACUUGAGGGGUUAGGGAAAAUACUCAAGGGCCUAGGGAAAGUAUUUGAGGGCUUAGGGAAAAUACUCAAGGGUAUAGGGAAAGUAUUCAAGGGCCUAGGGAAAAUAAUCAAGGGCCUGGUCCCAAAUCAACACACUGCCAUAACAGCAUACUGGAGUGAGAGAUAUGGGAGCAAGUGCAAAAUCAACCCAGUGAGGAGCAGGGGUGCGGUGGGGACAAUAAGGGAACACUGUAUCAACAUUCGUGGCCCCAGAUUAUUCAGCAUCUUAUCAGAAGAUAUAAAGAAACAUGGUUGGGACAAGUAUAGAAGUCUUUAAGAGAAAACUGGACAAGUAUUUUUAACAGGUGCCAGAUCGACCAGGCUGUGAUGGAUAUGUGGGGCAGCGGGCCACCACCAGCAACAGCCUAAUUGACCAGGCUAGCACCAGAUGACUCCAAGAGUAGGGACUCUCAAAACUCAUCAAAGGUUUAUCAAAGGGUCAUACAGCUCAGCCUCACUGUGAAUAGUGACCAAAAAUAGGUGUAGAAUCAAUGGUGAAUAAUAGUUUGUAAUGUUAAAAUGUUGAAUUUGAACUUUGCAGUAGAACUACGUACUUAUAUUAAGCCUGUGUGUGUGAUCUAUGUAUCACAAACACCCAGCACGACUCACAUCCACACACUCGUGGAUCCUGUGUGAUCUAUGUAUCACAAACACCCAGCACGACUCACAUCCACACACUUGUGGAUCCUGUGUGAUCUAUGUAUCACAAACACCCAGCACGACUCACAUCCACACACUCGUGGAUCCUGUGUGAUCUAUGUAUCACAAACACCCAGCACGACUCGCAUUCACACACUCGUGGAUCCUGUGUGAUCUAUGUAUCACAAACACCCGGCACGACUCACAUUCACACACUCGUGGAUCCUGUGUGAUCUAUGUAUCACAAACACCCAGCGCGACUCACAUCCACACACUCGUAGAUCCUGUGUGAUCUAUGUAUCACAAACACCCAGCAUGAUUCAUAUUACAAUCCAGGUACUCAAAGGCCUGUUAUCCUAGCUGUAAAGGGAGCAAAAUAAACACAGCAGAAAAACUUUGAAAUGUAUUAUCCUUCACCUAGUGUAAACAGUAGUAUGUACACUAUAUACACUAUGUACAGUAAUAGGCAUUAGUGCAUGCCACGGUAAUCAAUGCAAAAUUGAAGCCAACAGAAAGCAGACCGUGCUUCAACCAGCUCUCGAAUGGAAAUGACAGGGGUGAGAAUGUGAGUGGUAUCCAUGUCACCUUCACAAUUGCCAGAUCCACCUUCUUAUUGGCUGAACCUAGAUACUGAUCUGACGAUGGGGCCCCGAUUGCCCGACCCUUAGCAUCUGGUUCGCUGGUUGGUGAGGCAGCCUACGCGAGUGUGUUAACAUGCUCCGAAUAAAGAUUACAUACUCUUUGCGUGCAACACCUCACAUCCACACACUCGUGGAACCUCUGGGAACCAUAAUUUUGUUUUUAUUUGGUUAAUUGGGUUUAUUACCUAUCAACUACACAAGUCAUUAAUGCUGCAUGUUGCCUGUUUUGAAAUUGUUGGUUACUUGGUUAAUUCGGUUUGAAGGAUAUCUACUACAUAUGGAUCAUUAAGUCUUCACGUUACUUGUUCACCAUUAACCAAGAAUAUGUCCCUAAAAUAGAGAUUAAACUGUUUGCAUACAGCACACACACUUUGAGAUAUACAUCAUUCGGUGCAUAUAUUCUUGGCACCAUUACAGACUAGUAUUGUAUUUUUAUAUUAACAAAUCGUGGCAUUUAAUACUUGUAAGUUUUUAUUUUUACAGUAAUUUUAUAUUUUGCGAAAAAAAAAUAUACGCAUGUAGUUUUUCUUAAGGAUUGUUUUUUUCAAUUUAAUUUCAGAUUUAUGUUAGAUUUCUUAAAGAUGCAAUUGCAGCACAUAAUAGUUUGUCUAUUUUGUAUUUUUCAGUUAAUUUACAAGGAUCGUGUGCUG